AUGCUGCUCUGGGUGUUCUUCCUCGUGAUCCUCACCUUCAGCAGUGGCUCUCACUGCUCUCCACCCUCCCCGCCCCUCAGAAUGCCUCGGUAUGCAGAUGCCAUCUUCACCAACAGCUACCGGAAGGUGCUGAGCCAGCUGUCUGCCCGCAAGCUACUCCAGGACAUCAUGAGCAGACAGCAGGGAGAGAGAAACCAGGAGCAAGAAGCAAAGACACGGCUUGGCCGUCAGGUGGACAACAUGUGGGCGGACCAAGAGCAGAUGGCAUUGGAGAGCAUCCUGGUGGCCCUGCAGCAGAAGCCGGGGUAG